UAGGAAACAUCGCCUUGUGCCGCAUAUUUCACAGGACAGGUUACAUACAAGAUUGGGCCUACCAUCACGGCAAGUAUGGAAUAUUUAGCGGGAAUGUUAAUUGUCUUUCACGUCACGGUAUUGUCCGGUCAGUCAAUGGAGGUUGAUAUGAAGAAUGACGUGGCUCUAUAUAAUGGAACUAUUGUCUUAGCAUCUCUGGUAAUAUCUAUUAUUGCUUGUGUUGGUGUUCUGUCGCUUAUAACAUUCCUCUUCUGUUACAUGCGCAAUAAAAGGAAGCGUCCUAUAAAAAAACUCUCUUCCAAGCUGAAUUAUCUAGCAUCGUUAAAGGAACAGCACUCAAAUAAUUUUACAGAACUGCUGGAUCAAGAUACCCAACUGUCAAUGGUUCCGCUUGAACCAGUCAACAUUUGUGUUGGUGUUGGAACAUUACGUCAGGUGUCUUUAACUUUACUGCAGGACUCCAUUAUUAACCUGUACAACAUCCGGGUCAAACUAGAUAGCCGAAACGAGACGUUUCGUUCAGAUGACGAACUCGCCAUGACAACAGCUUCUGACAACGAGGCCGUCCAACGUCAAUUACGAAAACGACUACAGUUCAUCUUCAAAGACGAUUCGACCAACAUUGAAACCUUCUCAUCAAUCGGUGAUGACAUUCUUACAGGAAGCACCGUUCGUCAGCUACUGGAUGCCACAUUCCGUAUCUGUCGUGUUGGACGAGGAAUUAUCCGGGAAUGGAAGGUGGAGAAUGAGAUAUUCGUUGGAACGAUGCCCGUGGAAGCUACUGGAUACAUCAACUUCACAGUCGAGGAUAACGUUAAUAAAAUAAAACUAACUUGGGAUGACCACAAGUUCUCUGAAGAUUUCCUCAACACCAUCAGUAUGAUGCUUCAGGCGCUCCGGGAUGAACGACGACAACCAACUCCUGUUGAAUAUCUGGCGAUACAUCUGGCAUAUCAUUGUAUGGCAAGCGGUAAACAGGUUACCCUAGAAGGACAUCGCUCAUUAGGAUCUCCCGGGUUCCGCCCCCAUACGCAGACUUAUAUGUCUUUAACUGAUCCCGGAGAUGGACAUGUUCUGGGAACCACUCGGUUUAAUGAGUGGAUGUUAGGAGCUAUCGUUCAUGUUGAACAUCUAGAACGACCUGGUAAUCUUUCUCGGGAACACAUCGAAUCUUACCGGGUUCCAUCGCUUUAUGAUUUCUCUCGAGUCAGACUCCAUGUAGGAUCGGCUGCACCAAAUACAUAUUUUGUCGGAAGAAGGAUGAAAGAUUCGGGAAGCUUUGACGAAGAUUUCUUAAAAUUGGUUCAUAUGACAUCAGCUACGGCUUCAGCUGCCUUUUAUCAAGGUGCUGCUGAAUGUAAGGUAGCAAUGGAAGGACUGACCACAUCACAAGCUGUUCGCUACAUGAGGGCGUUGCGUGCGCAAGUUCAUCGGGACCGUUUUUCACAGUUCUUGUCUGCCGCGUGGAACAUCAAUCAAGUAGUCGUGGACGAUUUUGAGGACGAAAAUCCAACACAACUCACCGAUAAAAUGGACAUAGCAAUUCGAGCUAUUGAAAUUACCUGCUUGGGCGGAUUUGAAAAAAUCACGUGGGAUGGCGCCAGUGACACCUAUCCAUCGAAAUGCAUCAUGGACCAGUUGACCUUUCAGGAAGCUUUGUUCCUCGUUCACGAAGCUCACUCAAAUGGUUUACUCACCUAUUUCUCGGCCGGCUUCAAAUUACCACAAAUCAAGCAAGCCGUCCUGACGGGUGUUGAUGGGAUAGGGAUAGGUGGCGCCCAAGUUCUAAGAUUUAUGGAUUAUCAGACCGGCAUGCACGGUCCGUACAUGGAAGAAAAUAUUCCUGGGAUUCUUGAAGAAAGGGACAUGGCUUCCCAGACGAUUCGUGGUCGGGGUGUUUAUCUGUUGUCUCGCCUGAACACCAUGUAUUUCGAAGGGUCCAUCUCCAGCACGGAGAACGGUAUGAGGUGCAAGCUAUUUAACGCCUUGCUUCAGCAGGAUGAGGUGAGCAUUGACUGUGUUCUUGGUAAACUAGGCAGCAUCAUGAGUAUACCGUGCGAGUACAGCUUCCCGUUGUUCGGCUCGGCUAAGCGGAUAGCGUUAAGUAAGAAUCCGUUAUUGAAAGAAGUGGCCGAGUCGUCCUACGAAUGGGCGUUGUUUGUGUCUAGAUUAAAGGUGUUGAUCAGUAAGUGUGAGGAGAAUGGUAUACAAGAGGAGUAUAAUGGUGAACCAUGGCGAACAUUCAGGAAGAAAUAUCGCGAUAACGUCAAUGGUGAUAUACGCUUUAAAAGACAAACUUCGCAGACCGUUCAAUAUAAAACUCAACUGUAACUAAUUGUGAUGUAUAUAUUUUAUAAACGGAUAGGUCGAUUCACGCAAUACUACCCAAUACUAACCCUACACAAUACUAUCCCGAUAUUAACCUAAUACUCCUCCCCCCCCCCACCAUCCUUACCCAAUGAUUAUCAACAUUACCCAAUAUUCACCUAAUACCCCCAAUACUUCCCUAAUACCACCCAAUACUAACCUAAUACCACCAAAUACUAACCUAAUACUCAUCCAAUACUAACCUUAUACUCAUCCAAUACUACCCAAUAACCCUAUACUCACCCAAUACUAACCCUAUGCUGACCCAAUACUUACCUAAUACUCACCCAAUAUUAACCUAAUACUCAUCCAAUACUACCCAAGAUCCCUAUACUCACCCAAUACUAACCUAAUACUCACCCAAUACUAACCCUAUACACACCCUAUGCAACCCAAUACUCGCGCAAUACUACCCAAUAAAAACAAAUUAUGUAUAUAUCUUAAAGAUACAUUCCCGGGUACAAACUGGGUGAUGUGAUGAUAUAUUUGGACUAAAAACAUAUUCAAACAAAUUAAUUUAUCAUAAUUUUGCAAUUUUGCUUCAAAUCCUUCUCAAAACAUUGCAAUUGUCAGGGAAUACCCUGCUAUAAAAACUCGAUCAAAAGAGGUCACCUCGGUGGAAGCGGACGUAAAAUACAACUAAGUAAGUAAGUAAGUAAGUAAGUAAGGUCAUUUUUGUGUCGCGUGACACAACGGGUGCGAUGUCGGAGGAGAAUUCAUUGCAUACAAAAGACGAUGUUGCCUUUAUGGCUGACAAUUUUUUACAAAUAUCUAAGCCUAAUUAAAUUCUCGGAUUAUCCACUGCCCGCGUCUUUUUCCGUGAUUUUUAUCUCAGAAAGUGUUGUACGUCUAACUCUUCAUAAAGUUUAUCAACAUGUACAUGAAGCGCAUAAUCUCCGCGUGCAACCUUCGACGUCAGACGUGUAGACACUCCUAAUCGUCGGGCUGUCCUGUAUGCGCUCCAUCAUAGGCGUAGAAGCUCAAAGUAAUUCAGGGGGGCAUAAGAGAAAAUUGCCCAAAAUCAAUACCGUUUUUUCGGGCAUACAUAUCAUAAGAGAGCUUCGGGCAUAUUUUCCGGCAUGCAGUAGACAAGGAAAAGACGAGAAAAUACUUUUCGGGCAGUGUGGAUCUCAUAGAAAUAAGUUAGUUAUAUUUUUCUCUAAACGUUAAUAGAAAAAAAAGGUCGGCUCCUACGUCUAUGCGCUCCAUGAGUGUUUUUCAGAAAUCCAGUAUUUUUCUAGUAAGAUUGGAUAUUUCUACUUUCAUAUAUACCAAAAGUGUCAUACUUUUAUUGGAAAUAACCACCCGAUAAAUACUUUUCUGGGAACGUAGCUUUAAGAAACAGAGAGUGAGAAAUGAUGUUUAACGUACUCUCGACACAAACUAUGUCAUUUUGGGACUAACAUAUGGUUCAAUUUUAUUUCAAUAAUAGGCUUGCGCGUAGGGGUCUUUAGCAGUGGGAGGAAACUGGGGGACCCGGAGAAAACCCACGAGGUUGGACAGGCGACCAUAUUCCUUGUCACGUACAACCGGGGAAACGAAACCACGCCAGUUGACUCAAUGACAGACGUUAUGAUACAAUGCGCACGCACUAACCCCCCCCCCCCCCCGUCUCCCUCAACUAAUAGCAAUAAAAAACAAAUUAUGUACAUAUUUUAAGAAACAGUAAAAUAUUUUUUUAUGUAUAUAUUUUUAAAAAAAAACUCUAUAUAUUUUUGUGUAUAUUUUAAACAGCUGUAAAUUUGUCGUACACGCCGUAUAUUCUAAAUAUAGCCAUUCUCAUCACUAUGGUUAGAUCCGUGUCGCUUUUACGAGAAUGGAUUCAUGAAUCAUACCUGAAUCGGGAUAGUCGUAAUUAGAAUGUGCGAAUCUCCAAGAAUUCGGAAUAACCGAUAUUUGAAUUUUUCUCGUUAUAUAAAUAACCACGAAUCGCAAUUACGAUCAUGUGAUGUGUAAUAAUUUUAAUGUUGAAGGAGACAUGUUUAAAUGAAAUGAAAUGGGGUUUAACGUCCUACUGUUUUGCUCCGAACUUGGCUAAUGAAGACGGGCAUACACCAUACAGUGUGCUAUGAGGGAAAUUUUGCCCGGACAGCGGCACUACGGCCUACUCUUAUAUCGAAUUCCAUCUGUCAAAGGAUCUUUUACGUGCACGCCAAUGUGUACACGGGACCUCGGUUUUUCCCCCCACCCGAACGACUAGACAUCUGCCCUUGUCAGGCCCUCCAUCCUGCAUCCUUGACAAGGGGGAAUCACGCUGGAAAAUCUGGAUGAACUUUCUCGGCCAAUGCAGGGAUCGAACACCCGACCUCCAGGCUAGCGAGUCAGCGUCUUAUUAAAAGAGAGAGAGAGAAAUGGGGUUUAACGUCCACUCGACACAAACAAACUAGGUCAUUUCGGGACUAACAUAUGGUUUUUAAUUUUAUUAACAUAAUUCGCUUGCGCGUAGGGGUCUUUAGCAGUGGGAGGAAACCGGAGGCCCCGGAGAAAACCCACGAGG